AUGAAUGGAUCUGCUUGUACUGCAUACUGCUCCCAGAAGAACUUUGUCUACGCGGGAACGGAAUAUGGAGAUGAAUGUUAUUGUGGAAACAUGCUGGCAGCGCCCUCCUCGCUCCAAAAUGACACAAAAUGCAGCAUGCCAUGUUCUGGCAACUCGUCUGAAGCUUGUGGAGCUGCAAAUUAUCUCUCCAUCUAUUUCGCGAACAAAGACGUAGCCAAGGGGCCGAGCGUGAAUCCUGGUCCUUCGAACUGGACAAGCUAUGGAUGUUGGCAAGAUUCGGGAAAUCCAAGAACAUUGGCACGCACGGACACCAGCAUACAAUUCAGCAAUAUGACAGUGGCAGAGUGCACGAGCGCUUGCGCCAACAGUGGAUACACUCUCGCAGGCCCUAACGGUCUCACUAUGAUGUUCUUCAAUGGCUGGUACCCUCAAGGCUGCUGGGCUGAAGGCAGUGGCGGAAGAGUGCUCGGGUCAGGCCAAAACGUGGUUGGUGGCAGCGACAACAUGACAGUUGAGAACUGCGUUGCGGCUUGUGGAAAGGCAAAGUACUCUCUUGCCGGGGUUGAAUACGCCGGAGAAUGUUGGUGCGGUAAUAGUGCCGCGAACGGCGGUGGCCCAGCCCCCGAUGGCGAUACCCAGUGCAACAUGCCGUGCAAGGGCAACUCGGAUGAGAUGUGCGGAGGACCGAACCGACUGAAUGUCUACCAGUUCAACAACGCGAAUCUCUACGUGCCACCCAAGCCCACAACCUCCUCGACAACAGCAGCCCCAUCUCCAACAACAACCAACAAUAACAAUGGCGGUGGCAAUGACGGACCUACUACUCCACCCUCAACAACUACGACCAGCACUUCUGUACCUACACCCUCAAGCCCGGUCGACCCGAACUCUAUCAAACCGUGGAAAUAUCAAGGCUGCUAUACAGAUACCAAUGGUAAUGGCCGCUCGCUGACAAACCAACAACCCGAUAACCAGACCAUGACCGUGGAAAGCUGUAUCAGCGCCUGUUCCUCCAAGGGCUACACGAUCGCUGGUAUGCAAUACGGCGUGCAGUGUUUCUGCGACAACUACUUCCAUAACUCGCCACAACUGGUCGACGAUUCAGACUGUAGCAUGUCUUGCCCUGGAAACACCGGCGAGACUUGUGGCGCUGGCGGACGCAACUCUAUCUAUGUGAAUGGAACAGCAGCCAACUUCCAGUCCCCGCAGCCAUUGACGACUAAUCUGCCUGGGAACUGGUCCUACACGGGUUGUCUUUCGGACAAUGUCAACAAUAAUCGUGUUCUGCCAUACAUGAUGACUUUCCCGAGCAACAACUCCAACCUUUACUGCCUGACGCUUUGCCAGAACUUUGGAUAUGGAGUUGCUGGUACAGAGUACGGCGAGCAGUGCUUCUGCGGUGAUACUCUGGACUACCUCAACGCCGGCGCCCAGCUGAUCGACAACUCCACUUGCAAUGUCCGCUGCUCAAACGAUACUCAAGGCAGCAACGGAGGUGAAAUCUGCGGUGGUGCAAACGCAAUCUCCCUCUACACUUGGACUGGCACUCCUCAGAAUUCGUGGACCUACGCCACUGGGGACGCUGCAGGUGCUUACGAGUUUUUGAUCGGCGGUGUGACGAUUCCUCUGCUGACUGCCCCUUCGAGAAACGGCAAAGUCACAUUCUUGGAGAAGUUCGGCACGGGUCCUGGAAAUGAUACCGGUGCGUACGAGCUGGAUAUUGCUCUCCUCGAUGACUUCUCCAAAGCAUGGAGGCCACUGCACGUGUAUACGGACAUCUUCUGUUCUGCCGGCGUGACAUUGCCAGAUCGAGCUGGUCGACAACUCAAUGUCGGCGGUUGGUCUCGUCCAUCGACUGAAGGUGUCCGUGUGUACUGGCCUGACGGCAAACCUGGAACCUGGGGCACCAACGACUGGGAAGAGGAUGUCGACAAUGUCCAUCUUCUCACCGGCCGAUGGUACCCCAGCGCGAUGGUCAUGGCGAACGGAUCGAUCCUCAUCAUGGGUGGCGAAGAAGGAUCAAACGGGGCGCCGGUACCCAACCUCGAAGUCCUCCCUUCACCUUCUGGUGAACUCCUCCACUGCCAAUACCUCCAAGACACAGACCCCAACAACCUCUAUCCAUUCCUUGUCGUCCUCCCCUCGGGCAACAUCUUCGUGGCUUACUACAACCAAGCCAAACUCCUAGAUCCCGUCUCCCUUCAACCAAUCCAGGACCUCCCCAAAGCCCCAGGAGCCGUCAACAACUUCGACGCAGGCCGCACAUACCCCUACGAAGGCACAGGCGUCAUCCUCCCCCAAGUAUCCCCCUACACCGACCCCCUCGAAGUCCUCAUCUGCGGCGGCUCCACCCCCGGCGCCGGCAUCGCCCUCGACAACUGCAUCACCAUCGCCCCGGACACUCCCAACGCCAACUGGACCCUCGAACGCAUGCCCUCCAAGCGCGUCAUGCCCUGCAUGUGUGGCCUCCCCGACGGGACCUACCUUAUCGCCAACGGCGCCUACCAAGGCUACGCCGGCUUCGGCCUCGCCAACGACCCGAACCUCAACGCCGUCCUCUACGACCCCUCCCAACCCCUCGGCCACCGCAUGACCGUCAUGGCCAACACAACCGUCGCGCGCCUCUACCACAGCGAAGCCGUCCUCAUGGACGACGGCCGCGUGCUCAUCUCCGGCUCCGACCCGGAAGACGGCAAGAACCCCCAGGAAUACCGCGUCGAGGUCUUCGUCCCGCCCUACCUCAUGAACAACCCCUCCCGCCCGGCUUUCAACCUCACCGACAUCGACUGGGCCUACGGCGACACCGUCUCCCUCUCCAUCUCCGCCCCGGGCGCUGGCGGGAAUUACCGCGUUAGCAUGCUCGGCGCUAUAUCCUCCACGCACGGCAAUAGCAUGGGCCAGCGCACCUUCUUCCUCGCGGCGUCCUGCUCGGGUUCCUCGUGCACCAUCACGGCGCCACCCAAUGCGAAUGUCUGUCCGCCGGGUUGGUUCCAGCUGUUCCUCGUGGAUGGCGCGGGCGUGCCCAGUCACGCGAUCUGGGUACGGGUCGGGGGCGAUCCUGCAUCUUUGGGUAAUUGGCCUGAUUUCGACGGGUUUACUUUGCCUGGGAUGGGGCCUGUUGAGAGAUUGUUUUAG